CCAGGGGCCACACUCCUGGGGGAUUUCCUUUACCGCAGCACUAGGAAUUAGAUUGCGAGCCGGUCGUUACUCAGGGAUACACGGGCCCCUGGCCCCCCAUCCAGACAGGGGCAGGUCAGGCUCUUUCGCCUUCACUAUAGAGCCGGUAUCCUAAGAGUGAGCGGCAGAGCCUAGCGUGGGGGUUGUUACCGGACAAAUAUGCUCUACCCCGGUGGAUAAACCCCACUGCUCCUGAUGGAGGCCCAGCCCCAUACGCCCAGAGCCCGAUCGGGGCCACGGGUCCCACGGAGACGCUCCAAGUCCCAGAGAGACAGACGGCGGGGCCCGUCCCCCGCAAACUCUUCUUCCUCGAGUCCCGAGCCGGCUCUUUGGCCACGUCCGCAACGCAAAAAACGGAGGAGGAGGAAAGAAAGGGACAGCGCUCCGCUGAGAGAGGAGGACCUGAUCGACGGCUUCUGCAUCAGCAGCUAUGGAAGCCUGGAAGCCAUGCAGAGAGAUGCUUCUCUGGACUCGGCGCCUCAGGAGGAGACAUUCAGGAAGCGUCCAACUGGGAAGAGAAAGCGAAGCGACGACCCCAGCUCGGAGGAUCCGGGGACCAGCAGCCUUGAAAAUCGAGUGUCAGCUCUUGUGGGCCAGAGACAGCGCAGGGGUCACAAAGAACAGGAGGCCCUGAGCUGCGGUCUGGAUGCCGGAUAUAUAUGUGAUGCAGAGAGUAGCUGUGAUGAGCAGGUCCCCGGUGAUGAUCUAGCGGUGUCUUUCACUGUAUCCACAAGCCCAGCUACGCUCCCUGUUACUGGAAGUCGCUUUAAGCUCUUGGUUCAGUCGAAAGUUUCCGGUCUGGAUAGAAGCUGUGAGAGGAGCCAGGAACAGGAGAUUUACCCAGCAGAGCCUAAGCAGUGCCCUCCUGCGGCCCCUCGGAGCACUCCACGCAGCCCUCCUCACGCUGUGCCCAGCGCCUCCCCCAAAGCACAGCCUACGCUCUCCCAGCCGGCAACCGCUGCAGCCCCUGAUCCAAAUGUAAAUAGUUCCAGUCGCAGCAGUCUACCCAAAACAGUGUCUGUACCGCAGACGUCUCAGCGACCCCCUACACCGUCGGUUUGUCUGUCGGGUCACAGCAUCGCGCACAAUUUCCCCUCUGCCUUGCGUCCACCAUCACAUCACCACAUGGGCCUGUUUGCCCCUUCUCCGGGUCUCCCUCCUCCUCCCCCCCUACUGCAGGUCACCGGACACCCCGCCUCAGCCGUCUUAUCUGAACACGAUGUGAUUGGACAGAAUAUCGGGUCUCGCUUCUUGUCUGCUCCUGGCGGUGGAGCGGAGCUGGGUACGGCUAUCCGACCCAUGUACCAGUUCCACCAACACAACCAUCAGCACACGCACCAACACACGCACCAGCACUUCACGCCCUAUCCCCACAACGUGGGCUCUGCCACGUUUGAGAAGUACCCGGGUAAGAUAGAGAGUCUGUACAGACAGAACUUUUUCCAGCCAUUUUCUCCUGUCCUCACCACGCUCCCUCCUGUUCUACCUCCCACCGUAUCAUUUGGAUCACUGCAGGGGGCGUUUCAGCCCAAGAGCACAAAUUCUGAGCUGGCCUCACAAUGCUCUGUGCCCCCAGCCAUCGGCCACAAGGCUCCUCAGCUCCAAGACCAGUUCAAGCCAAGGAGGUCGGGCCGUUGGUGUGCGAUGCACGUUCGCGUGGCUUACAUGAUCUUGCGGCACCAGGAGAGACUCAAGCUCGCGCAUGGGACCCAUAAGUCUGAUUUCCGAGGUGAUCUGCUCUCUUGCGUUCCCACCGGACUCUCCUCACACGAUCUAACGCGGCCAUCCUCCCUCUUUAAUGGCGCGGUGCCACAUGCCCCUGGGCAGUAUCAGGUCGCCCCCCCUGCUGUACCCUCCUUCCUUCAUCCACCAGGACACAUGGACACGUUUAUCCGAACAUCAGGAUUCUCUCCUCUGGCCUCUCUGACGAACGGAGCAUUUGGUGGCCUAGGGAGUCCCUCGUAUAACCCCUCCACCAUGUUCAAUCAGAAGGAAUCCCCUGCAGUCCACAGCUUUUCUGGUCCUCAUGACCCCUGGAACCGGCUCCAUCGCACACCCCCAUCAUUCCCCACCGCUCCCCCGCCGGUCUGCGCCAAGGCGUCGGACCUCGACUCGCGCAACGCCACCAACAUUAAGGACGAAAAGGAGAGGGACCUUCUCUUCUCCCGCCUGGCGCGACAUCCCUCACCUCUCACCCCCACUCAGCGUCACCCUGGGGGGGACGAACGAGGCCCCAGCCGCACGAUUUCCCCGUAUGUCGGGGUGAGACCUGGGAGCAGCUCGGAAAUGAAGCCUCGUCUAACCCCAGAGCAUCCGUCCAAAGUGAAAGUGAAGGAGGAACCUGAGCCGCUCUUUGAAGUGGGGCGCUCCCCUCUCCCCGGGCUGCACUUGCCCCAUCCUUCGCCUCCGUUCGACAGACUUCGAGGGGCUUUCCUGGGGGAGCAGUAUCCCCAUACAUUAGAAGCCUGGAGAGACAUAUACCGCAGAGCAGAUCCUGCCCCUCUCCGUCUUCCUCUGGGACCCCCCCAACGUCUGUACGAGCAGCGGGAAGAAAGAGCUCAUAUCUUGCGUGAGGACUUUGAACGUGCCCGGGUGUACGGACUGCCUGCCCACGUUGCCAUGCAGCCUGCCGCACAAUCCAUGCUUGGCUCCCUCUACCCUCACCCAGGCGCUAGCCUCAUCAACAAGACUCCCCCCAUGAACCUACUGACUGCUCCCCCGCCGCUGAUCUCAAACUCGAGGCCGGGGUCUCCGCACCGCAGGGACCUUUACAAGGAGAGAGACUCCAGAUAGAAUACCCCCUCCUUUCCUUUACCAGGGGCCACUUUGUAAAUAAUUAUACAUCCCCCCCCCCGGUGCCCCUGCCCCUGGGGUUUUGUACAUUUUUAUGGUAUAUUGUGAUUUCAAACACUGUGGUUUUCCCCGACUUCCAUUGGGAUAAGUUGUUGGGCAGCUUGAGGACCCUUCUGUGUGGGGUGAAAAUGCCACGAGCCGAGCCUUGUUACAUUAAUAAACUUUCCUUACCCCA